AUGCGUCACACGCUGCACCAGACACCCCCAACAAGGCUUGAAGACAACGACCUAGAACCGCCAGAAAAAGGCUACGGUCCCUCGGGCCGCAGCAACGUCGAAAAGCGGACCCGGGUCCAGGUCGAUCUCCUCGGCCAAGUUAGACAACACUCAUGCGAUGAUAACGGCGUGACCCAAAAGGUUGACAACGCGCAAACAAUAAACGAGGCCCAUGACUCUACUGAGAAGAAUAGGUUGAGCGCUACAGGCUUGACGAAAUUACAAGGCUCGUGCCAGGCAAUUGAUACACUAAAGAGAGACUCCGAACAGCUGAAAGCAGGCCAACAGAUACUAAAGGCGCAAAAUCCGGACCUUGAAGAAGAGAUAACCACCUUGAAAACUCAACUCAACCAACCGUCGUGA